AUGAAGUACAUUGAGAGUCAAGUGCAGAGUGAGAAGGAGCAACUAGUGCCUGUCAUCUCCACGCUGCUGAGCUUGAGUCCCCACGAGCACCAGAAGGUGCUGGCUGCGCACAGACCGAACGAUGAGGGUGCUGGACUGUUCGGCGGUGUGUUCUCGCUCUUCGGUGGCGCCGCCGCUGCACCGCCCCCGAAGCCGAUAGCAGCGCCGCACAACUUCAAGCCGUCUCCUACUGUGAGCGGCAACUCGACUGGUGCAGCCCUCGGCAGCAAGGACAAGAAUGGUGUACUGUCGUUUGGAAGCGAUCCCAGCGACGACGAGGAGUUUGCAACGCCACUCAACCCGUUCGCUGCCUAG